AUGCAGGCACUGGCUAUAUCUACCAAGGUCGAUCAGGUGUGCCCCGGCAAACUUGAUAAGAACUUGAACAAGCAAGGUCUCAAGAACAACGUCGUCAUCGCUAUUAACCCCAAACUAUGGAAAUCCAGAGGUUUCUGUCUGGAGGCAAUGGUAGGGUCAAUCGGACAGUCGUUCAUGCUUUCAACCUUGCUGGGAGAGGUUGGCUGGCCAAUGUGA